AUGGAGAUACCUAACAGAUAGGAAAGCUGUCCUUGGAGGAGCCGGCCAGCCGCCAGCCCAUCAUGGAGGUCCUCAAGGAGAAAGUGGAGGAGGAGGAGGCCGCUGAGCGUGAGGAAGCGGCGGAGAGGGGAGAGCGACAUGAAAGGGCAGAGAAAAUAACGCACCCCGUGGAGGUGCACAAGGAGGAGCCCAUCCUGACCCAGGAGGCACUCCGCGACCUGGAGAAGACGCUGACGGAGAUUGAGGUCCAGGUCCCAACCGAGCCCCCGGUCUCAACCAAGGCUCCUAUUGAUACCUCCAAGCUGCCUCCUUCCUACUCCACCAACUCGCCUAAGGAGGAGCAUCUGCUUCAGGUGGCCGACAACUUCUCCCGCCAGUACAGCCACUUGUGCCCUGACCGUGUGCCUCUCUUCUUACACCCACUAAACGAGUGUGAUGUGCCCAAGUUCGUGAGUACCACCAUCCGGCCCACACUGACACCCUACCCUGAGCUCUACAACUGGGACAGCUGUGCCCAGUUUGUGUCUGACUUCCUCACCAUGGUGCCCCUGCCCGACCCUCUCAAGCCGCCCACGCACCUGUACUCCUCGAGCACGGUGCUCAAGCACCAGAAGGGGAACUGCUUCGACUUCAGCACCCUGCUCUGCUCCCUGCUCAUUGGCUCUGGCUACGACGCCUACUGCGUCAAUGGCUACGGUUCCAUAGACCUGUGCUUCAUGGACCUGACCCGGGAGGUGUGCCCGCUCACCGUGAAGCCCGUGGAGGUGAUCAAGAAAGUAGAGAAAGCACCGCCUAAGAAGUACACCAUCAAACCACCUCGAGACCUGAGCAGCAGGUUUGAGCAAGAGCAGGAGGACAAGAGACAGAAGCAGAUCCAAGCCGAGCGGGAGCAGCGGCUCAAGGAGGAGGAAGAUCGCAUCCUGGAGGCUGAAAAGGCAAAGCCCGACCCCCUGCACGGCUUGCGAGUGCACUGCUGGGUCCUGGUGCUGGCGGGGAAGCGCGAGGUACCCGAGUGCUUCUUCAUUGAACCCCUGACAGGGCGCAGCUACAGCACCCAGGAUGACCACUUCCUGGGCAUCGAGAGCCUCUGGAACCACAGGAACUACUGGAUUAACAUGCAGGACUGCUGGAACUGCUGCAAGGACUUGGUCUUUGACCUGGGAGACCCUGUGAGGUGGGAGUACAUGCUCUUGGGGACUGACAAGCCUCACUUGGCUCUGACAGAGGAGGACGAAGAGGAGGAUGAAAGAAUGGAUGACGAGGACUGUAUUGAAGAUUUGGGCAAGGAGGAUGAAGAUAAGAGCUUCGACAUGCCUCACUCAUGGGUGGUGCAGAUUGAGAUCUCCCCAGAAGCAUUUGAGAUGCGCUGCCCAAAUGGGAACAAAGUGAUCCAGUACAAAAGGGCGCAGCUGGAGAAGUGGGCCCCGUACCUCAACAGCAACGGCUUGGUGUGCCGCCUCACCACCUAUGAAGACCUGCAGUAUACUAAGGUGCUGGAGGUAAAGGAGUGGUUCCAGAACCGGGAAGACAUGUUGGAGCUGAGGCACACAUAUGAGACUACAGGCCUGCACAUCGACUACUUCAAGCCGGGCCACCCCCAGGCUCUACGUGUGCACUCAUACAAGUCCAUGCAGCCUGAGAUGGACCGCGUUAUGGAGUUCUACGAAAUGACCCGUGUGGACGGCCUGAUAAAGCGCGAGGAGACACCCACAACAAUGACGGAGUACUAUCAAGGACGCACAGACUUCCUAACCUACCGCCACAUCACCUUUGGGCCCAGGGUUAAGAAACUCUCUCAGAACAGUGCAGAGUCAAAUCCCCGGCCCACAGUGAAAAUCACCGAGCGGUUCCUUCGCAACCCGGAGAAGCCCGCGGACGAGGACGUGGCCGAGCGCGUGUUUCUGAUCCCGGAGGAGCGCAUCCAGCUCCGCUACCACUGUCGCGACGAUUACAUCACCACGUCCAAGCGCGAGUACGUGCGGCGCACCGAGGUCGACAGCAAGGGCAACAAGAUCACCAUGACGCCGGACAUGUGCAUCAGCUUCGAGGUGGAACCCAUGGAGCACACCAAGAAGCUGCUUUACCAGUACGAGACCCUGCUUCACCUGAAGAGCGAGGAGAAGCUGUCCCGACAUCAGGCUUGGGAGUCAGAGCUGGAGGUGCUGGAGAUUCUGAAGCUUCGUGAGGAAGAGGAGGAGGCACACACGCUAACCAUCUCCAUCUACGACACCAAGCGCAAUGAGAAGAGCAAGGAGUACCGGGAGGCCAUGGAACGCGUUUUGCACGAGGAACACCUGCGGCAGGUGGAAGCCCAGCUGGACUACCUGGCCCCAUUCCUGGCGCAACUCCCUCCGGGCGAGAAGAUGACCCGCUGGCAGGCCAUGCGCCUCAAGGACGAGUGUCUCAGCGACUUCAAGCAGCGCCUCAUCGACAAGGCUAAUCUCAUCCAGGCGCGCUUUGAGGAGGAGACCCAGGAACUGCAGAAGAAGCAGCAGUGGUACCAGGAGAACCAGGUGACCCUGACACCCGAGGACGAAGACCAGUACCUGAGUUACUGCUCUCAGGCCAUGUUCCGCAUCCGCAUCUUGGAACAACGGCUCAACAGGCACAAGGAGCUGGCCCCACUGAAGUACCUGGCACUGGAGGAAAAACUCUACAAGGACCCACGCCUGACGGACUUUGUAAAAGUGUUUAUGUGAUGCCCUGCUUAGGACCACAGCAGAAGCCACCACAGAAUGAAACCCUACCUUUUGCCCUGGUCCCUGUGCUCCCAUGAUGCCCCCUCUGCCUCACCACUUCCUCUGUUGCUCAUCAUCUCACCCCAUAAACACAUUUCUAAUUUA